AUGGCCUCGAGGGACCUGGCCCUAGGAAUGGUCUUUCUAGUACAGACGCUGGCUGGGAUUCUGGGGAAUUCCUCUCUUCUUCUCCAUUAUCUCAUCCUUUAUUUCACAGGAUGCAAGUUUAGGCUCACAGAUCUGAUUCUCAAACACCUGACUGUAGCCAAUGCCUUGGUCAUUCUCUCAAAAGGAGUCCCCCAAACCAUGGCAGCUUUGGGGAUGAAGCAUUUCCUCGAUGAUACUGGGUGCAAACUUGUGUUCUAUGUGCACAGAGUGAGCAGGGAUGUAUCCAUUGGCAGCACCUGCCUCCUGAGUGUCUUCCAGGCCAUCACCAUCAGUCCUACCUGCUCCAGGUGGAUGGGGCUUAAAGUAAAAGCUCCCAAGUAUGUUGGACCCUCCACUAUUCUCUGCUGGAGCUUGAACUUGAUGCUAAAUGUCAUGGUACCUGUGCAUGUCACUGCCAGAUGGCAAAACAAUAUCACAAGGAAAAUGGAUUAUGACUACUGUUCUGCUAUGCCUCGUGGGAAAAUCACUGAAUCAUUGUACAUAGCACUGAUGUUAUUCCGCGAUGUUGUGUUUGUAGGGCUCAUGCUCUGGGCCAGCAGCUUCAUGGUUUUCAUCCUGUACAGGCACAAGCAGCAGGUGCAAUACAUACACGCUCUCUCCCACACAUCUUCCCCAGGGUCCAGAGCCACACAAAGCAUCCUUGUCCUGGUGAGUACCUUUGUAUUGUGCAGCCUGUCGUCCUUUCUUCACAUUGGUUUAGCCUUUCUCAAUAUUCAUGAAACGUCAGAGGUGAAAGUCUCCACACUGAUAGCUGGGUGUUUCCCUGCCAUCAGCCCCUACAUUCUCAUGAGUUACGACUCCAGGGUACCCACACACUGCCUUCCCUGGAUCAUAGCAGCAAAGUCCUCUGUGCUCUGA